AUGCAUUCAAUUCGAAAUGAUUUAACAAAAAUACUCGAAUGUCGCGUUCCACUCAUAUCAGCACCUAUGGCAGGAGCCGCUGGUCCGGAAUUGGCCGCGGCUGUAUCGUCAGCAGGUGGCUUUGGAUUUAUCGGUACAGGACACGAGCCAUUGAAGCUUGAAGCACUCGUGAAGAAUAUCAAUCAUGUAAAGAAAGAGAUGGGAACUUCAGAAAAUGAAACUAUUCCAAUCGGUGUAGGGUUUUUAGGUUGGAGAUUAGAUCUAGAACCUGAAGAUGAAGUUUCGAGAUGUUUUGAAGCAGUGGUGAAGAAUGUUAAAUGUGUAUGGAUAUCAUUCGGAACAGAUUUAAUUAAAUGGAUUCAACUUAUUAGAAAGAUUCAAAAAAAUGAUAGAUUGUGCAAGUUGGCAGUGAUGGUGACUAGUUUAAAUGAAGCUGAAAACUUAUUAAAAUCAAUUCUUUCAGAUCAUUUAGAGAUUGAUAUUUUGAUAGGACAAGGUUUUGAAGCUGGAGGUCAUGGUGGUGCAAAUGGUGAAACUAUCAAUUCUUUUAUUCCUGCUUUAAAGGUUUUGUUGUUAAAGAUGAUACCGGAAAGUCAACGACCUAUUUUGGUCGCAGCUGGUGGUUUAACUCAUGGAUCACAUCUUGCUGCAAUGUUGGCUUUGGGAGCCAGUGGAAUGGUAGCUGGAACUCGAUUUCUUGCUACUCCUGAAGCGAAAUACACUGAAAACCAAAAGAAAGCAAUCGUCUCAGCUAAAAGUAUUGAUACGAUCAAAACGACUGUCUUUGAUCAAUUGCGCGGAACUGUCGGAUGGCCAGAGGGAAUUGAUGGACGUGCACUCAAGAAUGAGACCACAGUCAAUCACCUUGCCGGUAUGGACUUUGAUACUCUUCAAUCUAAUUACAAGACAGCGAUGAACAUGGCAGACGUGAACAGAUUAGUGACUUGGUCUGUGGGACUCGUUAAUCAAAUCUUACCGGCAGAACAGGUUGUUCAGGAAAUUGAAGAUGAAGCUGUCAGGGUCAUAAUGGCAGCUAAUAAAACACCGGGCCCGUUGUCAGACACUGGAUGA